UCUUUCCUUCCUUCCUUCCUUCCUUCCUUUCUUCCAUUCUUCUCAUCUUGUCCCCAAAUCGAUCUCUCUUAUCCUUCUUCUGGCAGCGAUUACUUGGAAUCUAGCUGCCGAGUAAAUCGAGAUCCCUCGUGUCGCGAAGAUGCCGGCGUGGUGGAAAGGGAAGUCUAAGUCCAAGUCGAAGUCGACCUCCAGUCCUCGAACGAAGGAGCUGGAGACGCCGCGGACGCCGCUGGAGACGCCGCGGACGCCGCUGGGGACGCUUGACGACCAGGAUGAGCUGGUGAAGCGCGGAAAUAAGGAGAAAGAUAGUAUCUUUGACGAGCUGGUCUCUAGGAAGAGUGGGGGUCAUCCGCUUGUCGGCGGCGGCGGCGGCGGCAGGGGAGUAGGUGGAGCUGGGACGGGAUUUAUGUUUGGUCACCCUCUGCCGCUUCCUUCCGAGAUCUCUUUGCAGGGCGUGCCGGCGGGGUUAGCAUCAUAUUCAGUGUCGGCGUCAAGUAACUGCUCCUCUGGGUCGUCGGAUGAAAGGCCGGAUCUUGCAUCCUAUAGAAAUGAUGUGCAAAGGCACGAGCACGUGGCUGAAGACAGGCAAAUUUUCUCCCGCGGUCCAGUUUCAGAGCAUCCGGAUAGGGAAAAUGGUUAUCCUCAUGCCCAAACUUCCACAGAGACCAUAUUUAGUAGAAGGACUGCAAAUCCUUCCCCUGGUCUGAGAGGCUAUCGCUUUCCUACUUCACCUGUGCAUCCCAGUUCAUUUGGUUUAUUUCCAACGUCCCCAAACAGCUGGCAAGAUAAUUUACCCGGCCCACCUCAUCCUCUACCUCUUCCACCAAGUUCUCCCAGCAGUUCUCAUUCUCCAGCCUCCUCCUCUUCGCGCUCUCCGAAGACACAAUGGAAGAAAGGAAAAUUACUUGGCAGGGGUACUUUUGGUCAUGUCUACCUUGGAUUCAACAGUGAAAGUGGGCAGAUGUGUGCUAUCAAGGAGGUCAAAGAUAUUUCUGAUGAUGCAAAUUCCAAAGAAUCUCUUAAACAACUAAAUCAGGAAAUAGCUUUGCUUAGUCAGCUCUCACAUCCCAAUAUUGUGCAAUACUAUGGCAGUGAGCUGGUUGAAGACACACUAUCUGUCUUUCUUGAAUAUGUCUCUGGGGGUUCUAUGCACAAGAUACUUCAAGAAUAUGGUGCUUUUAGAGAAGCAUUGAUUCGCAACUACACAGCUCAAAUACUUUCUGGACUUGCCUACUUACACGGGAGAAAUACUGUACAUAGAGAUAUUAAAGGGGCAAACAUACUGGUAGAUCCUAAUGGUGAAAUCAAACUUGCUGAUUUUGGCAUGGCUAAACAUAUGGCUGCAUAUGCUUCAAUAAAAUCUUUCAAAGGAAGUCCUUACUGGAUGGCACCUGAGGUUAUCAUGAAUACCAGUGGUUAUGAUCUCUCAGUUGAUAUAUGGAGCCUGGGUUGUACAAUUAUUGAGAUGGCAACUUCCAAACCUCCUUGGAGCCAGUUUGAAGGGGUUGCUGCGAUAUUUAAAAUUGGCAAUAGUAAAGAUUUACCGGAAAUACCUGACCAUUUUUCUCCUGAAGGAAAGGAAUUCCUUAAGUUAUGCUUGCAGCGCGACCCAUCUGCACGCCCUUCAGCAGCUCUAUUGAUGCAUCACCCUUUUGUUAGAGACCAAGCAAUGACAAAGGCUCCUAAAUUUAAUUUGGUCAAAGAUGUGCCUCAUUAUAUCACCGAUGCAAGUCAAAUAACAGGCACUACUGAUUUUACUUCCAGUAGAAGCACUUCUCCUCUACCUGAUAGAGAUUAUAGCAUGAGACACUCAUCUGCAUUGCACUCGGCAUUGCCUUUUGCAUCGAAGAAUUCAAGGGAUUUACCAAGCAUGAGAAUGAACAUGUCUUUACCUGUCUCCCCCAGUUCGAGUCCAUUAAGGCAAUUCAAACAAUCUAACAGAAGUUGCUUGCCUUCUCCUCCCCAUCCGGCUUAUUCUCCUCCUCAUCCAGCUUAUUCAGCCGGAGCAGCCAACUACAGCCCAGUCAAUUUGUCAUUCUAUCCAACUAGGUCGAGUAACAACCUCCCAGAUCCUUGGCUCGACUCAAACCUGUUAAAGGCUCCAACUCCCUAUGGAUCUCCUCGAAGAUUGAGCAUGGGUUUGUAAAUGUCAAUUCUGAUGAUCUCCAGUUCAAUGAGAACUUUUGCUUGCAGGAUCGAGCGGGUCAAAAACCUACUCUAUGCAAUGUUAAACCACACUAGUCUUGUAAAGCUUGCUUGCUACUCAAGCAGCAUCCUGGGCGGUCGGUCUUCCAUUGUGAUCUUCUAGGCUCGAAAUGAUAUUUUUUGCAUACUA